AACUAUUAAAAAAAAAAAAAUAAUGAUCAGCUCAUAACCUGACUUUUAACUUUUUUUAAAAAAUAAAAAAUAAAUUACAAUGCAAAAUUUAUCAAAAUCAUCUUGUCGGCAUUUACUUUUGCCGAAAUAUCUCAUAAGUUCAGUUAUACAUCUUAGAAGUAAAGAAAAAAAAAUUUUAAAUCGUAGAUUUUUUAAAUUUUGGAAUGAAUCAGCUCGUAAUAUUUUUCCAUCAUUCUCGUCUAAUGAUUUAUAUAAAAUUUCUAGGGAAUGCAGUUCAAUGUGUUAUUGUAUAUUCUCACAAAAUCUUUACAACAAACAAUCGGAGAUUACUAAAUUAUUAGAAAAAAAAUUUAGUACAUCUUCAUCUAGUAAUGGCAGGCCAUCAUCUGAUGAUUCUUCGAAAGAUUCCUCGAAAGAUAAACCGCCGAAUAAGGGUGACGAAAGAGCUGCAUUUAUUAAGCUCAUUCUUAUUUCAUUAUUUAUUUAUGGAGUUUUUAUUUAUCCAAUGCAAAGAAUGGCUUAUAAAAUUGAGGAGUCACCAUUCGUUUCGUGGAAUGAAUUUGUUCACAAAAUGUUAGCAAAAGGUGAAGUUCAAGAAUUAAUUAUAAAACCAGAAAUGGACUGGGUGACAAUAGUUUUGUACGACGGUGCGAUAAUUAAUGGAAAACGUAGUAAUCUUCGUACGUAUCAGAUGAUUGUAGCAGAUGCAACACGUUUAGAAGAAAAACUACGUGAAGCUGAAAAUGCACUUGGAAUAAAAGCUGGUGAUGGAGUACCGAUAGUUUAUGAGCGUGUAAAUGAAAAUACUGCUUUCUUUAUUAUGCUCGCUGUUGCAGUGGGUGUAUUGAUAGCAAUAAGUAAAUCUGGGAAUAAAGCUGGUUCAAUAUCAAAAGAUUUAUUUGGUGGAAUGACACGAGCUAAAUUUACUCUAGUUGAUCCAUUGACUGGUGGAGGUAAAGGAGUUAGAUUUGCAGAUGUUGCUGGUUUGAAAGAGGCUAAAAUUGAAAUAAUGGAAUUUGUUGAUUAUUUAAAACGCCCAGAACAUUAUAAAACACUUGGUGCUAAAGUUCCUAAGGGUGCUUUAUUACUUGGACCACCUGGAUGCGGUAAAACGAUGCUAGCAAAAGCCGUAGCUACAGAAGCAAAUGUUCCCUUUUUAUCUAUGAAUGGUUCUGAAUUUAUUGAAAUGAUCGGAGGUUUAGGAGCUGCAAGAGUUAGAGAUCUUUUUAAAGAAGCUCGUAAAAGAUCACCGAGUAUUUUAUACAUUGAUGAAAUUGAUGCUAUUGGAAAGAAACGAUCUGGUGGAACUGAUAGAUCAAUGACCAAUGAAUCAGAUCAAACUUUAAAUCAAUUACUUGUUGAAAUGGACGGAAUGGCAACCAAAGAAGGAGUUAUUGUUUUAGCAUCGACUAAUCGUGCUGAAGUACUAGAUAAAGCUCUAUUACGACCUGGACGUUUCGACCGACAUAUUUUAAUUGAUCUUCCAACGCUUCCCGAGAGAAAAGAAAUUUUUGAAAGACAUCUCAGUACUAUUGUUCUUGAAAAAAAACCACAAGUUUAUUCAUCCCGACUUGCACAGCUUACUCCAGGAUUUAGUGGUGCUGACAUCGCUAAUGUUUGUAAUGAAGCAGCUUUACAUGCUGCUAGAUUCAAAAAAAAGUUUAUUGAUGCUAGUGAUUUAUCUUAUGCAAUUGAUCGAGUUCUUUGUGGUCCAGAAAAAAAAAAUCAUGGGGUGUCACCAGCUGAAAAAGAAAUUGUAGCUUAUCAUGAAGCAGGGCAUGCAUUAGUUGCUUGGUUAUUAGAAAGUACAGAAGCUCUAUUAAAAGUAACAAUUAAACCCCGAACAAAAGGAGCUUUAGGCUUCGCUCAGUAUACACCAACAGAGCGAAGAAAUUACAGUAAGGAAGAAUUAUUUGAAAUGAUGUGUGUCGCUUUGGGUGGUCGAGCUGCAGAAAGUAUUAUUUUCAAUCAAAUAACAACUGGUGCGCAAAAUGAUUUAGAAAAAGUUACUAAAAUUGCAUACACUCAAGUAAGACAGUUUGGGAUGAGUGAGAAAGUCGGUUUGGUUUCAUUUUCCGAAGAAGAAACUGGAUUGGACACAAAAAAACCAUACAGUAAAAAAUUAGCAAAUUUAAUGGAUCUAGAAGCAAGACAGUUAGUGGCCAAAGCUUAUCAAAAUACUGAAAAGUUAUUAAAAAAUAACGCAGAUAAAUUAGAAAAAAUUUCACAACAACUUUUGAAGCAAGAAACUCUAACAUAUGAAGAAGUUGAGGCUCUAAUUGGACCACCGCCUUUUGGUAAGAAGAAAAAAGUUGAUUUCAUAGAAUUUGAUGUACCAACAGCAACAACAGUUGAAAAUGCAGCAACUCCAGAAAUACAAACAACAUCGUAAUUAUUGUAAAAUGAUGAGUUAUAAUUUUUAUUAUGAAAUUGGACAUUUAAGUGCAGUUCGCAUGUGUGAUUUAAAAUUGGUAUAUUUGUAAAUUUAAAAAUUUGAGAAAAUAAAUAAAAUACGUUCUAUAUUAAAUUGAAA